AUGGUCAACUCCUGCUGUGGCUCUGUCUGCUCUGAGGAGGGCUGUGGCCAAGGCUGCUGCCAGCCCAGCUGCUGCAGGCCCACCUGUUGUCGCCCCAGCUGUUGUGUGUCCAGCUGCUGCAGACCCCAGUGCUGCCAGUCUUUGUGCUGCCAGCCCAGCUGCUGUCGUCCCAGCUGCUGCAGACCCUCUUGCUGCAUCUCCAGCUGCUGCCGCCCCUGCUGUAGCAGUUCCAGCUGCUGCCAGCCCAGCUGUUGCAUCUCCAGCUGCUGCCGCCCCAGCUGCUGCAGGCCCCAGUGCUGCAUCUCCAGCUGCUGCCGCCCCAGCUGCUGCAGACCCUCUUGCUGCAUCUCCAGCUGCUGCCGCCCCUGCUGUAGCAGUUCCAGCUGCUGCCGUCCCAGCUGCUGCCGUCCCAGCUGCUGCAGGCCCCAGUGCUGCAUUUCCAGCUGCUGCCGCCCCAGCUGCUGCGUGUCCAGCUGCUGCAGGCCCCAGUGCUGCAUCUCCAGCUGCUGCCGCCCCACCUGUUGCCAUACCACCUGCUGCCGCCCAGCAUGUUCUAGUGGUUCUUGCUGCUGA